AUGACAGUUCAGAGUAUUUUCGCAGAUUUAAAAACGGAACAACCAGAUCCUAUAAUCUUGACCAUGCAACAAUACGCUCAGGACAACAAUCCUGCAAAGAUUGAUGUUAGUAUUGGUGUUUACAAAGAUGAAAACGGCGCUUGCUACGAGUUUCCAGCCAUAACCAAGGCCAAACAAAUUCUUGCUAAAAACGAUCCUGGCCACAAUUACACUUCAAUGUCUGGUAUUGCUGAUUUCAUUAGUGGAGCACAAAGACUCAUUUUUGGCAAGGAAAUUGUUUCUGAGGGCAAGGUUGCAUCUUUACAAACUAUUUCGGGGACUGGUUCACUCCACAUGGCUAUGCUUUUCCUCAAGGAAGCUGGAUUCACCGAAUACUAUAUCGGAGUUCCAACGUGGCAGAACUAUCAGCCAAUGGUUGAGUCCAUUGGUUGCAAAGUAGCAAAAUUGUACAACUACUAUGAUGAAAAAACCAAAUCACUUGAUUUCCAAUCGAUCCGUGCAGCAGCGGAGGCUGCUCCUCAAGGAACAGUUUUCCUUCUUCAAACAUGUUGCCAUAAUCCUACCGGCUCUGACCUUUCUCAGGAUCAAUGGGUUGAACUUGUAAAAAUUAUUAAGCAAAGAAAACUUGUCCCGCUUUUGGAUACUGCAUACCAAGGAUUUGGCUCUGGCGAUUUAGACAAAGAUGCAUGGCCAAUAAGAUACAUUUACAGCCAGGGUUUGGAAUUUGUCGUGUGUCAGUCUUUCUCCAAGAAUAUGGGAUUAUACUCUGAGAGAGUUGGCUCAUGUCAUGUGGUGAUGGGUGAUCAACAAUACAAACCUGCAGUGCAGAGUAACCUUGUUGCGUUAUUCCGUCAUGAGUCCUCCUUUGCACCUGCAUUUGGUGCAAGGUUAGCUGCCAUAAUCUUGAACAAUCCAGAAUUGGAAGAGCAAUGGCGAGGAGAAGUUGCAGAGUGUACCAGAAGAUUGAAAGAGUUGAGACGUGCAGUUUUGGAUAGACUAACCAAGUUGGGCACACCAGGUAAUUGGACAAAUGUUGUAGAGCAAAACGGAUUGUUUUGGUUUUCUGGUUUAACAAAAGAGCAAAACGAUAAGUUGGUUGCUAAGCAUGUUUACUCAACAAACAUGGGCAGAGUCAAUGUUGCUGGUUUAAACUUCAACACUGUAGACCAUUUCUGUAAAGCAAUUGAUCAAGUGGUGAGAGAAGAUUGA